AUGGACUCGCUGCUCGAGCACAUCGAGACGCCCGAGCAGCUCAUCGAGGUGGCCCCUCGACUGCGAGAAUUGUCGCGUCGCGGGACUAUCGCGGACUUCGGGUCGCUGAAAAGGCUGUGCUCGCUUUUCCACGAGCUCGGUUCGCGGCCCUACGGCGUGCAUGUGCACGCCGUGAUGGUCGCGAUUGCAAACGUGCUGCUCAAACAGCCCGCGUUCCGGAUGCGUUUGCUCGAGGACCACGCGCCGUUCGUGCAAGAUAUCCAGGCUCGCGUAGCCAAUGAGCCCCUGACGCUCGAGUACCAGACGCCCCUGUGGCGUGUUUUGUUCCUGCUUGCUCACGGAUCCACGCAGCCCGGUUUCAAGGAACAGUUCCGGCGCGGCAUUGCGCCGCGCCGGUUUCUCGAGCUCGUCGAAGAGUUACCCCUUGCAGACCCCGCAAUGCUCGCUCCCGUGCUCGAAGAGCUCGGCAAGUACUGGUAUGCACUUUGCUACAACUACGGGUCGCUUGUGGUGGUCAACGCGCCUCGCUUCUGGCAAGCGCUUGAAAAAUUGAGCGUCACGCUCUCGGAAAAACCUACAUUACUACUUCCUUACAAGCGCGCGCUGUUACAACUGUGCUCGUUGCUGUUGCUUUUCCCGGAAAGCGAACUUGCGUCCUCUUUCAGUAUGGUGAAAAAUCUGAUGCUCAUGGUACGAAUGCAAGUGUCCAGUUGGCUUCAAGAGGUCGAAACGGAGUUGUACAGUUCGCCUCACGAUUUCAAAAUCCCCCAGAUCCUGCACGUCCUCGAGUUGUACGUGCUUAAGGCGCCAUCUUCGGUACGCUGUCGCAUUGCGUGCUGCAUUUGCUCGGAUCCGGGUUGCGCGGUCGAAUUGAAAACGGAAACCCUCGCUCUCAUGGGCUCAUCGAUCGUGUCAUCACACAUGCGCGAGGCGCUCGCAAGCAUAUUGCGCACGUUGGAGCUACGCUACGUGCAAGAUUCAAACACUGGGAGCGCUGACAUCAUUCGCAUACAAACUGUCGUACCGACGACGCAGGCGUCGCCUUCGACUUUAAGACCAUACUUGCAAACCCGCAAAUCGUGCGAUACCUUCGUCCCCGUGGAGGACAACGAAUCCUCCGCUUCCACGCAGUCCAGUGCAACUCGGAUAAAUCCAAUCUCAACAAAUAUAGACGACGACGAUGAAGAUUGGACCGAAGACGAAAAAGCUGCUGAAACUGACAGAAUUUUCACGGUUUUGAAACGGCUCAACGAGUUAGGUGUCGUAAAGACAGAGGGACUACCUCCCAUAUCUAAUUAA